AUGUCUCUGCUCCAGUCUGUAGUCCCCACAUGCUACAAGGAGACCAUCAUUGUCUCGGUUCCGAAGAAAACAAAAACCCUAAGCCUGAACGACUACCGCCUACUGGUGUGGCUCGGGAUCAAUGCCUUCCUGUUUGUGCACUUCUACAUGGCCUUCCUGACGGACAAGUGGUUCUACACCAGGGUUCUGCUGGGGCAAGCACUGUCCUGGGCCCGAGCUCCGGCCGCCUGCCUGAACUUUAACUGCAUGUUGAUCCUGCUGCCGGUCUGCAGGAACCUGCUCUCCUUCCUGCGCGGCACCAUCCAGUGCUGCAGCCGCUCAGCCGCUCGACAACUGGACAGAAACAUCACCUUCCACAAGCUGCUGGCGUACAUGAUCGCCUUCCACACAGCCGUUCACAUCUUCUCACACUUGUUCAACUUUGAGUAUUUCAUGGACGCACAACUGGAUCAAAACAGCAGCCUCCUGCUCUUCGUCCUCUCGGAGAUCGGCACCGGGGACAACGCGUCUUUCCUGAACCCGAUCAGGACCAAUGAGACGAACCCGACCGUGGUCAUGUUCACCACCAUCGCCGGGCUGACGGGCGUGGUCAUCACGCUCGCCCUCAUCCUCAUCAUCACCUCGUCCACGGAGGUGAUCCGGAGGUCGUACUUUGAGGUCUUCUGGUACACGCACCACCUCUUCGUCAUCUUCUUCAUCCGCAUCGUGGGCGACUGGACCCAGGCGCUGCUGGAGGCCCCACAAGCUUUUUGUGAGGCUGUGAUUCUUCUGCCUUUCAGGAGAGAGAGCGCAGAAGAAAAGAAAAGGAUCUGA